AUGUUCAUCCUUACCAAGAUAGCAGAUCUCGUGCAGAUCGCGCCGAGAGACUUCAAGAAGAAGAGUCUCGUCGCCAUUGAGGACAACAUCAAUCGCAAGUACUCGAACAAAGUCAUACAGAACAUCGGCCUCUGCGUGUGUCUCUACGACCUCCUCUGGGCGUCAGAAGGCCUGAUUGGCCAUGGAGACGGCUACGUGAACGUCAAUGUCGAGUUCCGUCUUGUCGUGUUCCGCCCGUUCCGUGGCGAAGUCCUUCUCGGUGAGGUGUCUAGUUGCAAGCCAGAAGGUAUUUUUGUCAGGACAAAGUUCUUCUUCGAUAUAUUCGUUCCUUUCGAUGAGCUGCCUGAUGGCUCCGUAUACGACAUGAGCAAACAGCUUUGGUGCUACGUUUAUGACGAGGCCGACCCGGAAUCCAAGGUCUACUACGAAUUGUACGAGCCGGCCAAGUUCAGGAUUAUCGACGAGGAAUGGCACGACCAGACACCCACAAAGCCCAUCGACAGGCGGGGGAAUUUCGACAAAUCGGAAGAAGCCCUUCCUCCGCCCUACAGGAUCAAGGCCAGCAUGAGAGAAGGCGGUCUGGGUAUGUGCGAGUGGUUCGAUCAAUGA